AACAAAAUCUCAAACCAGAGCUCGUGACUUGUCCCCGCCAUUUCUGAUUCGAAUCAGAAGCUGUACACACCAAUCUUCCAGAGCAAGAACAUUUCCCGCCAAAUCCAUUCUCAAACCCCUAGGGCUUUUCUUCAGUUCUCUCCCUGCGUUUCCUCCGUAUAGCUGAAAACUCAUUUUUCCAAUUGGAAGAGACAAAAGAACAAAGAAAAAUUCAGCUUUUGCGAUAAAUCUCUGAAGUUUAUUUUACUGAUCGGAGCUUACACCGUGAAACGGCCAAGUUUUACGAGCGCAAAAUCGCAAUUAGCCUAUAGUUCGAAAGCUUUCUUCGCAAGCAACUAAAUCAAAGUUUUGGCGCAGAAUUUUGGUUAACGUUCAGACAUGCCAUUGCAUUAGAGAUUGUCUUUGAAGGCUAAAAUGAGAUGCAAUGCGUGUUGGCGAGAACUAGAAGGGCGAGCUGUUUCCACCACCUGUGGCCACCUUUUGUGCACAGAGGAUGCCAGCAAGAUCCUUGGCAAUGAUGGAGCAUGUCCCAUUUGUGAUCAAGUGCUCUCUAAGAGUCUUAUGAAACCUGUGGAUAUCAAUCCAAACGAUGAAUGGGUAAAUAUGGCCAUGGCUGGAGUGUCUCCACAGAUAUUAAUGAAGAGUGCACACAGGAGUAUCAUGUUUUACAUUGGGCAAAAGGAACUGGAAAUGCAGUUCAAGAUGAACAGAAUAGUAGCUCAAUUCCGGCAGAAAUGUGAAGCAAUGCAAGAAAAGUUCACUGAGAAAUUGGAACAGGUGCAUACUGCAUACCAGAAAAUGGCGAAGAGGUGUCAAAUGAUGGAACAAGAGAUUGAAAGCUUGUCCAAAGAUAAGCAGGAGCUCCAGGAAAAAUUUGCAGAGAAAUCCAGACAGAAGAGAAAACUAGAUGAAAUGUAUGAUCAAUUGAGGAGUGAGUACGAGUCAGUUAAACGAUCCGCCCUUCAACCUGCGACCAAUUUCUAUUCAAGAAAUGAGCCUGAUCUUUUCUCAAACCAAGCUAACAUCUUGGAUAACAGAGAAGCUGUUAGAAAAGUUGACUUAUUUCUUGCAGAUUGGCCGGUUCUCACUCCUGAAACUCCAGGGCCAAAGGAGGAUAUAUGGCCAGCAAGACAGAAUAGUUCAAACUCUGGUGGUCCUUUUGACAUCUCUGUUGGCUCACCGGCAAAACAAGCUGCUAUUCCAGUUGAUGCUGUGAACAGAAGGGCUGGUGCUCACCCUAUGUUUGGAACUGGAGCUAGCAACCCCUCAAUGACCUUAAGGAACUUGAUACUCUCCCCAAUAAAGAGGCCUCAGCUCUCUCGUAACCGUCCCCAGAUGUUCACGUUCUAGGCUUGAAGUCGAGAGUUCACUGUUUGCUGAAGGUCAUGCCGGAUAUGUUUACUAUGACUAUAAUUUCUUUUUUAGGAAAAAAAAAAAAAAAAAAAAAGAAAUUCUCGUAACAUGCCUUCGUGCUGACCCUUUGCUUUGGGUGAAGCUGUCGAGAGUAUCCCACAUCAAAGAUGGACGUGUUGUGUUAAUAGUUUAAAUGGCAAAGGGUUUGCAUGC